CCUCUUUCUCUUCUCUCUUCCUAUCCUCCAGCUACUCUGCGGUCUUUGGAAGCCCUCGGUUGAACCUCCAUGGGGGAUGCUGGAGACAUGUGUUGCCGUCGCGGAGUGUAGCGGUGAUUUGUAUGGCGAAUCAGAGGAGAGUGAAGAUGGUGGCUAAGCAGAUAAGGAGGGAGCUUUCUGAUAUGCUGCUGACGGACAAGGUCCUCAAGUAUGCGGUUCUUCCCGAGGCCUCGCUUGGUGCGGACCGCUACCUCUCCUCUCUCACCACAAUCAGCGACGUUGUGGUCUCCGGAGAUCUUCAGGUGCUUCUACGCCCCGCUGAGGUUGUUAAGGUUUAUGUAUCUGUAUUUGGUGAUGAAAGGGGUAAAGAGGUGGCUAUUUCUGGACUAAAGGCAAAAGCUAAGUAUGUCCGUAGUGAACUUGGGAAGCGGAUGAAGCUACGUUUGACGCCUGAAAUUCGUUUCAUUCCAGAUGACUCCAUAGAGAGAGGGAGCAGGGUGAUUGCAAUUCUGGAUAAAUUAAAGGAGGAGAGGGAGAAUUCUGGAAGAAAGGAUGAAGAAGAGGAAUCAAAAUCUCCUGAAUUGUCAGAAUUGGAUGAAGACUGGGACAGGCAUGGCCAUGAUGAAGGCAUAAUAUAUGUAAAUUAACAUAUUUCUGGCAAUUAGAGUUGUUUAAAUUUGAUUUUUCAUGCAGUGAAAUUUGUUUAUGUGAAAGAUUUGGGUGAUAUGAAUGUAUAAAAU